UCCGGCAGCGGGAUCUGAGAGCUGUGAUAAUCUGCUUCCCGGGUAUGGGGUAUGCAUAGGGGUGGCAUAAACAAGGAGGUCGAGAUAUGUGCUGAAAACAGCUCCGUCGUAUUGAAAACCAUAAAAAGCUGGCCGAGGUAUGUUUAAGGUAUCUCGUGCAAUAUAUCGGCUAGACAAAUAAGACAAUGAUAACAACUGAAGCGACAGGGAUUCAUUUGUCGCAAUCUCGGGACUAACCUUAAAUAUAUCCUGUCUCCCUGAGACUUGAAUUAUUGCAUCCCUGGCAUUAAUUAGUUAUUCGUCAACUAGUUUUUAAGCAUCUUCGCACAAAAGGAAGUGGAGAUACCGGGCUCGGGAUAUGCUUGAAGCCGAUCAAAUGGUUUCUGUCUGGUGAUAAAGAAAGGUGCUUGGGAUACAGCGAAUGAUAUCCCAGUACAUUCAAACAUGUAGUUAGAUAACAAGUUAGUUAACUCGCUGGUUAACUAGCUCGUAGUUAACCAGUCAUUAACAUCAUUGAAACUUUGAAUUGUCCAGAUGCUCUGAAAGAAACAUCAGAGUAUCGCCAGUAAGUGGUGAUAUGCGCAAGAAGGCUAUGGCAAAGAGUGAUGUGAGGUGCAUAUUAUUCUCUGAAUCGAGAAUACCCCCCGAUGUUGGUAAGAUGAUGAAUAAGAUGGCCAAGUGCUCCGAGAUGCAUGGGGCUCAUCGCUUGAGUGGAGUCGGGGUUUGCACAUCGGAUGAUUGGCGAGUUAUACGAGCGAGUCGUUCUGAUGUUUGCGCGUCAUCAUGAUGAAACUGGACAGAUCAUCGUCCUUUGAGCUAGAUAUGAAACUCCCAUCCUUCUGUGCCGGGCGAGGUGCUGCAUACCGCAAAAUACCCGUGAGUGUUCAGGGGAACUUGAUGUCAAAAAUGGAGCAUCAAGAUAGGAGACAAUAAACGUCCGUUCCACGUUUUGUGGCGACUCCAGAUAACUCAUGAACCGUUGGUAGCUAUUCGUUUCCAUGAAAUGGAUGCGUUUCAAAGAUACUGGCUGAGAUAGCAACAUCGCUCUGAUUCCCCCGAUAGAGGGUGUUGCGGCUGUGGAGAGAGCAGGUUCGUCGGCCCUUGCAUACCCAGACAGGCCAAUGCUGCGAGGACGCUAUACUAGUUAACUGACUAGUGAGCAACCCGAAACAACAUCCGUGGUGGUCGGGAAGGAUCAAUCUGAGCCAUGGAAAGGGAUGUCGUACACCCACAGAGCCCCUUUUUUGCCGCGCAAACUCAAUUUUAUGCCCGUUAUCAUAUGCACAACCGCCGUGAAAACUGGUACUCCGCGGCAAAGUAGGGCAUAGCUACUGGUUAUCCGCUAGAUCUCGUCUCUGGUUAGCGGGUCAGGACUGUGAGGAAGUAUCCGGUUAAGCCAAUCGAGUUCAUAUAAUCUGUGACGUGCCCUACACAUGGCACCGGCGAUAGGCUCAGCACAGGUCAGGGUCAGCUAUCAAAAUCUGGAGAUCACUCUUGACCUCCGUCUGUCCGACAUGUGAAUACGGCCCCCCUUCUUGCUUGUAUCUAGAGGUUAGAUAUGAGGGAUAUAUCAAACUGUGGAGGUGAAGCUGGAGCCGGGUUGGAUGCCCCGUAGCCAAGGUCUGCACCCCAUACAGGAGGAUGAAGAUACCCUCAGCAAGACGGAAGAUGGAGGGAGCCCCAUGGGCAAAGAGUUCGAGGAAAUGGCAUAAAAGGGCUGCUGCAUCCUCGAAGUUGGUCAUUUUCUUUCCCGUCUUUUGAUCUCAUUCACCCACGCUUCAGCCAGCUUUCAUUCAUCUUUCCAGAUUUCCAUCUCUGUUCAGUUCCUAUAUCAAGUCAAGGACAUCCCAUCAAUAUGCAGUUCAAGUCCAUCAUCCUCUCUGCCAUCAUGGCCGGAGCUGCCAUGGCUGCUCCUGCUAGCAGCAACACCAAGACCACUCCCGGCUCCGGCAGCCCAACUGCCCCAGACGUUCCAAGCGCUGCCGCCAGCUCCGGUCUUCCCGGCCUUCCUGGCCUUCCUGGUCUCCCUCCACCUGGCUCUGCCCCUGAAUGCGACAAGCUGCUCGGUGCUAUCGCUACCUGCGCCGCGAAGGGUGAAAUUGUCCAGAUCCUCCUCUGUGCCAGCACUAAUGCUCCAACGGCCUGCAAGUGCUAUGAGGAAGUCAACAAGGGCCAAGUGAAGCUCCCUAUCAUUGACCAGAUCUGCGAAGUCGUUGCUCCGGGUAACGGCUCCAGCGCAGCUCAGCCUAACUAG